GCUUCCCUUCCUAGGACCCGGGGUGACGCCGCGGUGCGGAGCGGGAAGCCACCGCCGACGUCUGUGGCGGACGAGGGGCAGUGUCCCACGGGCGCCCGGUCCCCACGCGGCGGUUCCCAGCCUUCUGCAGCAGGCAGAGAGUUCCUGUCCAAUUUCCGGGGAUGAUGGACUACAAGCUGUGAACUGGAAUCAAACGUUUCUUCCCCGAGUCGCUUUGGCCGUGGUUGCACAGAUAAUCCUCCUGACUGAUGGAUAGACAGAGAUGUUCAUCACUCAAUUCCUCCACAAAGAAGAGCUAAAGAUGCACAACUGUGUUCAGAGAGGUCACACACUCGUUUUGGUGUAGUAAAGCGACACACAAGGAUCUGACAGUGAUGCCACUGAAGGCUGUAAAGUGAAAAUAAGCUCAAGUCAAGAGAGAGGGAAAAAAAAACAAGUGAAACGGUGUCUUCUCCUGUGUACUCAUUAGACCGUCUUGAAAUUUAACUAAGAAUAUGACAGCUCUUUCUUCAAAGAACUGCUCUUUUCAAUACCAGUUACAUCCGCCUCAGCAGCCCCUCGAGCCCUCCUGUCUGUUGUUCUUGAUCAUCCUUGGGAAAGUGUUAUUAAACAUUCUCAUCCUAAGAGUGAAAAGGGAAGACACCUGUUGGACUUUGAUGGAGUACUUCUGCUUUUCACUCGCAUUUGUUGAUCUCCUGCUGUUGGUAAACAUUUCCAUCCUGACCUACUUCAGGGACUUUGUAGUUCUAGGUAUUAGGUUUACCAGAUACCACAUCUGUCUGCUCACACAAAUCAUCUCCUUCACUUACGGCUUCUUGCAAUACCCAGUCUGCUCGCUGGCUUGUGUAGACUACUGGUGUCAUCUGUCCAGAGCCACCAAGCAGUCCUCUAGGCGGCAAAAGUUACUUUAUUUCUUGACAGUUAUUUUAACUUGGAUCUCAGUCCUUGCUUAUGUUUUGGUUGAUCCGGCCAUCUCCAUAAGCCUAAAGGCACAAAGGGGUUAUGUGUACCAGUGUCCCUCCUACGUCAGCACUCAGAGUCACUGGCUGUCACUGUCUAUGCUGAUGGUUUUAUUGGUGGCUUUUCUGAUUUCAUGGCAAGAAGUGGUUGCCUUGCUCCAGGCUAUGAGGAUAGCAUCCUACAGGAACAAGGCCGUCCUCUACUUCCCUUUCCCACCCCACUGCAGUUAUGCUGGGAGCUGCAGAGAAGCGCUCUUGCCCAGGCUCUUCGUGUGCUUCCUUGGGACCUGGUUUCCCUUUGUAGCACUUCAGGUCCUCAUCCUCUCCCUCAGAGUUCAGAUUCCGGCGUACAUAGAAAUGAACGUCCCCUGGCUAUACUUUGUCAACAGUUUCCUCAUCGCUGCAGUUUAUUGGUUUAACUGCCACAAGCUUAAUUUAAGAGACAGCACGUUACCUGUGGACCCUUUCAUCAACUGGAAAUGCUGCUUUGUUCCAGUUCAUAGACUUAAGCAAGUGGAGAGGCCCAUGUCCAUAGUCAUCUGUUAGCAUGCUGCUGGGCUGGGAGGACUCCAGAAACACCAAGAUCAGUCUUACAAGGACAGAGGCGGCUCGGGACAGGAUCUGAAGCUCGUGUCCCCCUUUUCAGCACAGCCUCUGUGGGCGGAUACUCAGUAGUGCUGAGGAUACCUUAACACAGCACAAUGUUUAUGCCUGCUCAGCAACAUCCAAAAGCAAAAUAAACAUAUUAACAUGUGUCCAGCUUGAUGUUUUACGCCAAAAAAAACUACUGGGUGCAAAAUGUUAUAUAUAAAUUUGAGAUUCUAUUUGCCAACUUUAAGAUCUGAGCUUAAAUAUUUUAUAAACUUUAGAGUAAAAAUAAAAGACUUAACAGGAUUUGGCG